AUGCUGCCGUGGUCCAUCUUUCCGCGGCAGGCGGCGCCCGGGGGCGACUCGGAGCCGGAGGCAGAGGCGGACCCGUCCGAGCCGUCGGGGAGGCAGCUGUCGGACGAGGCCCUGGUCGAGGACCUCCUUGCCGCCGUCGCCUCCGCACGGUCGUUCCACGAGUUCCGCCGCUCACAGCGCAAGGAGUCCUUCGGCCUCCAGCGCUGGCUCCAGCUCGUGCUCCCACUCAUCCAGGAGAUCCAUGAGAUCGGCCCAUCCCUGACCGAUGACGCCUACCGCCGCCUCGCCCUCCUCGGCCGCGCAUUCCACGCUGCUCGCCGCCUCCUCCGCUGCUGCCACGACGGCAGCAAGAUCUUCCUGGCUUUGGAGAGUGAGGCUGUGCUCGGGCGGUUCAGGGCCGUGUAUGAGAAGAUGAAUCUUGCAUUGGAUGGGAUGCCUUACUCUGAGAUUGGCAUUUCUGAUGAAGUCAAGGAACAGGUUGAGCUCAUCAAUGCACAAUUGAAGAGAUGCAAGAAGAGAAGUGAUACUCAGGACAUGGAGCUCUCCAUGGAUUUUAUGAUGAUACUCCAGAACAAGGAGGAUGGAAAUGCAGAUAGAGCUAUAUUGGAAAGGCUAGCCAAGAAGCUCGAGCUGCAAAGCCUAGCGGAUUUGAGAGCAGAGACUAUGGCCAUUAAAAAGCUUAUCAACGAGAGGAAUGGCCAGCAACCGGAAAGCACCAAGCACAUAAUAGAACUCCUCAACAAGUUCAAGGAGAUUGCAGGCAUUGACGAAAAGAACAUCCUUGGGGAUGUCUCCAUACCAAAAUAUCUGGAGAAAUGCCCAUCUUUGAUGAUCCCAAAUGAAUUCCUCUGUCCAAUAUCACUGGAGAUCAUGACUGACCCUGUCAUCAUUGCGAGCGGGAGGACUUAUGAGAGAAGAAGUAUCCAGAAGUGGUUAGAUGCUGGCCAACGGACAUGCCCAAAGACGCAACAACCAUUAGCUCAUCUAUCACUGGCACCGAACUUUGCGGUGAAAAACUUGAUCUUGCAGUGGUGUGAAAAGAAUAAAGUUGAGAUUCAGAUGGGAGAAUCUGAGGCUGUAGCUGAACAUGAAGAUCGCAAAGAAGACAUUCCAAAACUGGUGAAAGAUCUGUCAUCUGUUCAUCUUGAUGUGCAGCGGAAGGCUGCCAAGAAGAUUCGGACACUUUCCAAAGAAAACCCAGAAAAUAGAGCACUGGUCAUUGAGAAUGGUGGGCUCCCUGCACUUAUUAGCUUGGUGUCCUAUCCCGAUAGGAAGAUUCAGGAGAACACUGUGACUGCAUUGUUGAACUUAUCGAUCGAUGAGACCAGUAAAGUUCUGAUAGCAAAAGGAGGAGCAUUACCUUUGAUCAUUGAAGUCCUUAGGAAUGGCAGCGUUGAAGGUCAGGAGAACUCAGCAGCGACAUUGUUUAGUUUGUCUAUGGUAGAUGAGAACAAGGCGGCUAUCGGGGUUUUGGGUGGUAUAGCCCCUUUGGUGGCCCUCUUAAGGGACGGGACAAUAAGAGGCAAGAAAGAUGCUGCUACAGCACUCUUUAAUCUGAUACUGAACCAUCCGAACAAAUUCAGGGCUAUUGAAGCAGGAAUCGUGGCUGCUUUGCUGAAAAUACUCGGAGACAAGAAACUGGACAUGAUAGACGAAGCACUGUCCAUUUUUCUCCUCCUGGCAUCGCAUCCUGGUUGUCGAAGUGAAGUGGGGACAACGUCUUUUGUUGAGAUACUUGUUCAGAUCACAAAGGAAGGGACUCCCAAGAACAAGGAGUGUGCACUUUCUGUUCUCCUCGAGCUAGGUCUACAUAACAACUCCCUUAUGGUGCACGCACUUGGAUUGGGUCUGCAGGAACAUCUAUCUGAUAUUGCAAAGACAGGUACAAGUAGAGCGCAGAGGAAAGCCAACUCUUUGAUUCAGCUUUCUCGCAAGUGCUCAUAA